AAUCCAACGGAUUCUGUCGUCUUCGCGGUAAAAUAAAACUUAACCGUUUAAAAUUGGCGGGCUGCUAUACGAUUAAACUCGAUAUCAAACGAAGCGCGCUUCGGAUUACAUUGAUCUCCUACCUUGUGAUUGGCUCGGCACGUUGGAAAAAUAACACAAUUUGUUGGACUUGUAGCGCAUGUGCCGCCGGACGUCUCUGCUACGGCUUUGUAAAUUCAAAUGUCCAUUAUGCUCCUAAUUGCAAUCGCUACCGCUACGUAUUGUCGUAACCCUUUACUAAGUGAGCCCAGCGUGUACACAAAAAUCGUUGCGUUUCAAUUAGUAACAAAAAUAUAAUCUUAACCUUUUCAUUAUGACGGAUAGUAAUUACUGGCAGCGGCAGGAAGUACCUUUUUAUCGGCAACUGGCGAACGAUACUUGCCCAAUUCAAUAGAAAAUCGUUGAGGAAGAAUACGUGUAUAGUGUGAUUAACGCACAAAUGUAGAACUAGAAACUGGUUGCCCACUGUGGUGUGAAACGUAAAUAAAGAAGAGGAUUAAUCUUUGGUGGAAGGAAGAAAUGAUCUUUGCUCUGGAGUAAUUUGAAUUUUGGCAUUUUACUUGUUAGUUUUUCUCACAUUUUCAAAGUUAUGGAUUUAACAUUGGAAGAAAAAUUGGACAUAUUAUAUGAUAAGUACAUAAAAGAGACCGAAACAAAACCAAAAUUCUCUACCUUGCAAAUCGAUAAAAGGGAGGAAGAACCACGCGAUAUCCUAAACGAUUUAAAAGACGCAGUAAAAGAUGAAAUUGAUUGGGUUGACUCACAAGCUAAAAUCGUUAAGGACGACAUUGAGAUAGUUAAAGAGGAGUUACUGGUGCCUUCCCAGGAGAAUUUUGAUAAUGUGAUGUACAAAAGCAAUUUGCGAAGCACAUACAAGAGCACUCAAUCAUCAGAAAGAAAACAAGAGAUAUCAGUAUAUAUAUGUGAAAAUUGCGAUUAUCAAAGCAAAUACAAAAAAAACUUGAAGGAGCACAUAAAAAGGCGGCAUUCUGCCAACAGCGAAAAAAAAAUCAAGUGCGGCUCCUGUGAUUAUUCCUUUCGUUAUAAAUCAGAAUUGCAGAAACACUCGCUGGUGCACAAAAGCGCGGAUGAAGUGCCUCUGUAUAAAUGCAACAACUGCGUUUAUCUAACCAAGUACAAAGAGAACAUGUUAACACACAUUAAAAAGCAGCAUAUGGCCAUCAGCGAAAAAAGAUUCAAGUGCCACUUAUGUGAACAUCGUUGCACUGCAAAAUCAGAUUUGAAGAAACACUCUUUGGUGCACAAAAACCUCAACGAAGUAACUCUAUAUAAGUGCAGCAAGUGUGAUUAUCAAACUAAGUACAAAGGGUCCUUGGUGACUCACUCAAAGCAGCACUCAGAAGAAAGAUUCAAAUGUGACUUGUGUGAUUAUCAGUGUGUUAUCAAAUAUAAAUUGGAAAAACACUCUUUGGUGCAUAAAAAUGUGGAUGAAGUACUUCUAUAUAAGUGCGACAACUGCAUUUAUCAAAGUCGGUACAAAGGCCAUUUGUUGAAGCACAUAAAGAAGCAGCACCUAACUAUCAGCGUUAACAAAAUUUAGUGUGUCUUAUUUUUAAAUUGCUCUGUUGCUAAAACAUGCUAUGUAUAAGAACCACAAGGAAUACUGAUAAGUGCUGAAGAUUGCAGUUACCAACAAAAACAAAGAGACCAUUUUCUACUAAGAUUAAUUAAUUGAGAAGAAAAUUAAGUGCUGUUUGUGCACACAAACAAAAAACAUUCUGCAGUGCAUAAAAAUGACCAUGAAAAGAGGGACGUUUUUAAAUUUGUGUAAAUGUUCAAAAUUCCGAAUUGUAUUUCUGUGUUAAUGGCCAAUAUAUUAUACAAUAGUAUAUGGUUUUCAUACUAUACAAUUUAGUUUUGUUUUUAAUUUCUUAAUUAAAUUAAAAUUUCCUGUAUACCGUUUAGUAGAACCAUUUUACAUUAUCAGCCCAUAGCUCAAACUAGUUCACUGUAACGAAGAUAUGGCAAGGCCAUAUCAUGAUUCAUAACUUUUCAUAAAUCAAAUCCAAAUUCUUAUUUGCAGUUCAAACCCAAAAAAAAAGAAAAAUGGUGGAUGUCCAUUUGUCUGUUAUAUGUCCUUACUUUUUUUUUUGGCAAAAAAUUUUUGGGACGGGUGACAUAUAUCGAUGACGACAGCAAGAUAGAGGAAGAUUCUGCGAAAUUGCAACAGAACUCGCAACCUCCUUCCACCAGAGAAGAAAGAUUGUUGGUGGUAUCCCCUAAAUGACUCUUAACCUACAAAGAGAGCGAUUCGUGUGAGUAUAAAAAGUCCCAAUUAGAAAGAUAUCCUGCAGUUGACAAAAUACAGGCGAGAUAGAUAACAGAUAGAUAAUUACAUGAUAAAAUCAAGUGCUAUAUUUGACUGAUUAUCAAAGCAAAUUUAAAAAUAAUUUAGCUCAGUACAAAAAAGGACACGCAUUUCGACUUGUGGGCUUAUUUGUCUCUCUCACAUUCCUAUUUGAAAAAUCACUAUUGGGUGUGACUUGUGUGAUUACAUUUUAAUCACCAAUUUAAAAACGCAUUCCUUGGUGCAUAUUUGAUAAAGCUACUACAGCUAUAGAGGUACUACCUAAGCUGAUAAUACAUAAGUUUAUGAAGGAAUUAUGAAAAAAAAUAGCUGCUAAAGACCUUGCCUAAGCCGAUGAUACAUAAACUUAUGACGCAACUACAAAGACAUAUUUUUAACAAUGACCUCACGAAAUUCACCAAUCAACGUGGCCGCUGAUCGUCAAUAUUUUUGACUGCGACGUUUUUGCGGCAAUAUUUUCGCGCAAUAGGCCUAGAUCUCGUGAAAUGUUAUGAGAAAUCGAGUUAAACGUGUGAAAAUCACUGUUUAGAAAUAAAAUAGCAAAAUGCAUUUUUGGGAGAGUAUUGAUUUGUUAUAAUAUAUAAUUUACAGUUUUAUUUGAAUGAAUAUAUUUUUUUUAUUUUUGUGAAUUAUAAUUUACUCAGAGUCUGGGGAAAAUUCGCCCGCGUUUUACUAAAUUUUGAACUUCAGCAGAAUUUUAGGGUACUUAAUUAUUAUCAAAUUUGUUGAUGGGUUUCUGUAAAAGAACAGCGCACAUGUAGUAUAAAAGAAAGAAGGAAAGAGAGAAAAAGUAUACAAUUUUGAGACUCCGGAGCUAAUUUUUUUCUGUUAUAUCCAAAAGUAACCAAAUAGUAGCAUACCUUAAAAAAAUUGGAUUUAUAUCGAAAUUUACCAAAACUUCUCAUAUUUUUAUGUUUUUCGCUUUUUUAUACAGAAACUAAAAUUCAAGCCCCACUAUUGCAUUCUCCAAAAUUUGUUACGUUACAUUUGUUCCGGACUUAAGAUUUCGCUUUUAAUUUUUUUUUUAACUAUUUUAUCCGUUAUUCAAAUCGUUCUUCCGAAUUUUAGUUUUGUUUCUUUUUUAUUUUGUUUAUUUAUUUAUUUUUAUUCAGUAGUCGUGGUAUUAUCUCGUUUUCUCCUUUUUUAAUCAUUUCCAACUGUCUAUUUAUAGCAUGUUAUACGGGCGCAGAGGUCCGCUAUCGCUCUAAAAUAUUUUCAAGUAUGCAGUGUUGUCGCUUUUAUAUAAAAGGUAUUGAUUCCUGUGAUAGAUUUAAAACGGGAGUUCUAUUAGCACGGUUUAUUGAGUUUGUUAAAUAGCGCACCCUGUAUAUUCUUUUUUUAAAUUCUAGGAAAGACACUAAUCCCAUUUUGUUCAAGUUGCCCUACCCUACCGUCUUUAAAAUAAAAAUUAAUUUUCAUGAUGAUUUCUCAUUCUAAAAAGCACCAAAAUAUGGACGAAGUGCGACAAAUACGAUUUUCAGUCUAAAUACAAAUUUGGAUUAACAAUCGAAACGGCAUCACUCUGAGAGAAGAUUGAAGCGCAGCUUGUGUGAUUAUCGGUUCAGUUUUGAAUCGCAAUUGCGGACACACUCUCUAGUACACAAAAAACCUAACCGAGGUGACUCUAUACGAGUGUCACAACUGCGAUAUUCAAACCAAUCUGUAUUGAAUAAGCAUAUGCGGCGGCACUCGGCCGUGAAAAAAUUCAACUACGAUUUCUGUAAUUAUCAAUCCAAUACGAAGGCCCAUGUUAAUAUUCAUUCUUUGGUGCACAAAAGUGCGGACCAGAGCCCUCUCUGUAAGUGCAACAACUGCGAUUAUCAAACUAAAUUCAGAAAAUCAUUUUCUAGUGCACAAAACUACGGACGAGAUGCCUUUGUACAAGUGCAAUGGCCCCAAGUAUAAAUCUAAAUACAGACCAUACUUAAGCACAUACAACGGAUGCACUCGGUCAUCAGCGAUAGACACUCUUGUGUAAUUGCGUGUAAUCACCAUCAAGAAAAUACAGAAAAAAUCGUGUGCAGAGGACAAUUCAUCGCCGGGAAAUUGAGAAGUUUUUCUCCACACCCACCAUUGAGUUCCCGACAAGUUGAUUGAUUGUUGUUGAGCUGCGAGUUUAAUUUUUUCGUGCUUCGCUUUUAAUUUAUUUUACUGCAAUUUUUUUGUGGCAAAUCAGCUGUACCGGAUGACCCAUUAAUAAAGGCCGCCGGCCAUAUCUCAGGAAUCGUUAGUCCUACAACUUAGAAAAAUAAAU